AUCCCUGUCCACGACUCUGUCUCCCUCCUGCUUUCUCUCCCUCUCUGUCUGUCUCUCUCUUUUUCUCUUAUUUCUCUGCAGCUUUGUUGGACUCCAGCUCUCUCCAGAGCUGCACAGAAGACCUCAACAUCUCAACAUAACUGGAGGCACUUUCUAAAGCUGCAUUUUAACAUCUCAGAGAGGCAAAGCCAAACAAACAGACACAAUGGAGGCCAUCAAGAAGAAGAUGCAGAUGCUGAAACUGGACAAGGAGAACGCCAUCGAUCGGGCGGAGCAGGCGGAGACGGACAAAAAGGCAGCAGAGGACAAAUGCAAGCAGCUGGAAGAGGAGCUGGUAGACCUCCAGAAGAAGAUGAAGCAGACAGAAGAUGAACUGGACAAAUUCUCUGAGGGCCUGAAAGAUGCUCAGGAGAAACUGGAACUUUCUGAGAAGAAAGCUGCAGAUGCGGAGGGUGAUGUAGCAGGUCUUAACCGUAGGAUCCAGCUGGUGGAGGAGGAGCUGGACCGAGCCCAGGAGAGGCUGGCCACAGCGCUGCAGAAACUGGAGGAGGCUGAGAAGGCCGCAGACGAGAGUGAGAGAGGAAUGAAGGUGAUAGAGAACCGAGCGAUGAAGGACGAGGAGAAGAUGGAGAUUCAGGAGAUGCAACUGAAGGAGGCCAAACACAUCGCUGAGGAGGCUGACCGCAAAUAUGAGGAGGUGGCCCGUAAGCUGGUGAUCCUAGAGUCAGACCUGGAGAGAGCAGAGGAGAGGGCCGAGCUCUCAGAAUGUAAAACCUGUGACCUCGAAGAGGAGCUGAAAAAUGUGACUAACAACCUGAAGUCCUUAGAAGCCCAGGCUGAGAAGUACUCAGAAAAAGAAGACAAGUACGAGGAGGAGAUUAAAGUUCUGUCUGACAAACUGAAGGAGGCUGAAACCCGUGCAGAGUUUGCAGAGCGGUCAGUGGCCAAACUGGAAAAGUCCAUUGAUGAUCUGGAAGAUGAAUUGUAUGCUCAGAAGCUGAAGUACAAGGCCAUUAGUGAGGAGCUGGACCAUGCCCUCAAUGACAUGACAUCUCUGUAGAUGCCCUCAUAUCUCUAUCUUUACAUCAGUGCUUCUGACUUCUCAUUCUCUGCCUUUUAUUUUCAAUGUCUGGACUCUUAUUCUCUCUGUGCAUUAUCUGUGCCUUCUUGCCAUCUUACCAUGAAGAAAACUAUUAAAAAUCUGCUUCUUUCCUAAUUUACAGGAAGUCUCUCGCUGUCCUUUAUGUUUUAAUGCAUGUUGAAGCGUUUGAGGCAAAAACAAGUGCUUCUCAAAGUGAGACGGGUCUGGCAGCAGACUGUACAACUCUAAGCCACUCUGACAGACCUGUUUAUCUGAGACACCAUAUAGUGUAUCUCAAAACAGAAGUUCCGUAAUUUGCCAGUACAACAUAAUUCAAGUUUUACAUUUUUUUUUCUUCAAUUCAACUUUAUUCAUAAACAAAUUCUGGCAGUUACAUUAACAAAAUAACCACACUGAAAACAUUGCAUACUAAGAAAUAUUUCAUAAAUAAAACAGAGGAAGAGGUCAGAGGUCUGAUAAGGGAUCAAAUUAUGUAUAGACCUUAUUUAGAAGUAGCUACAUGAACCAUGGCUCGCUUAAACUUCAUUAGCUUUAGCUAAAGCUAUCAUAACUAUGCUAAGGUAAGCCAUUGUAGCUUAGUUAGCUUUAGCAACAUGAACUUUAGUAAAUGCUGCUAAAGCUUACAUAGCUACAUAUAUAACAUAUCUAUGUAGCAUAUAUAGCCGCUUUGUGAGCUAGCUAGCUCUGUUAGCUGUGUAGCUCCGUUAUCUAUAGCUAAGUUAGUGUAAGCAACGUAGCCAAAUGAACAUAGCCAAAGCUAACAUAGCUAAUGUAUCUACAUAGCUUACAGGAUUGCUUUGUGGGUUUAGCUUUAGCUAUGUUAGCUACACAGCUCUGUUGUCUAUAGGCAAAUUGGUGUUAACAAUGUGAGUUUAAGCAAAAGUAACUAAAGUUAACUUUGCUAUGUAGAUGAUGAUUUGUAGCUUACAUAUCUGCUUUGUUAGCUUAGCUUAGCUGCAUAAUUAUGUUACCUAUGUAGUUUAUGCAGCUAACGGAGCUACAGCUGCAUUAAAAUGGUUUCAUGGAGGACAAGCUUUUUUUCUUGUAAGCAGACUAAUUACUCAUCUUUAUCAGACAUUUUGUAAUCAGGUUUUGCAGGACAGGUAUUUAACCUUUAACUUUUGGUAUCCAACCUUACCUUAACCCAGGAGUGUCAAAGUACAGGCUCAGGGGCCAAUCUGGCCUUUGGUACAGUUAAACCUGUCUCGCAAGAUCAUUUCAUUUCUUUUAAUAAAACUGGCCCUACAGUAUGAGAUCUGGCUACAUUUAGUGUAUUCACUCAGUGCUACAGUUCAUACAUAGAUACUACUUGUUUCAUGCCUUCUCUCAGCGAAUUACUAUUCAAAAUAAUGCUAUGUUUUUAGGCUUUUUUGUUCUAUUCUUAUGCCAGUGUUGGAAAAGGCCUAUUAGUGAGUGAGCACAGCUUUGUGCAAUGUUAUGCUUUAACCACUCCAGGGCCUUUAGUUGUCUAAAAAUUCAUCCAGUUCAUGAGACAAGGUGAGAUAUUCUCUGGUUUUUGGUGUGAUUUAACCAAGUUUGCAAUCCCUUUUGAUCCUGAUGUUUUACAAAAUGAUGUGUCCCUUAAGUGCUAUGAAUAUUAAACAUGGUAGCAUCUAAAACAAGAAGACCCCAAAGUGUUGAUCACAAGUCCUCUAAGAGUUCACACUACCAUCUAUUAACCGUCUUUAGACAGACUAUAACAGCUAGCAGUUAAUGCACAUAGGCACAGCAGUGUGGUUUGGUUUUUGCAUGUUGCACAAUUUAACCAAAAUAUGCAAAACAUCUGUUCAAUAAAAUAAUGUUCUGUGUUGUUUUGAAAGAGAUGCUGUAAGGGAAAUGAAUCUGCAGACGAGCAGUUUUUUUUUUUUUUUUACUGAUUAUUGGCUUCUUUAUGUAUCU